CAGUAUUUAGCUGCAAUCACAGUCAACUUUUUCACUCGUUAACCGUAUUUCCACAAAAUGUUCGCUAAGUUCGGGUUGUUGUUAAUUGUAAGCGUAGCUACGAGGUGGGCUUAUUCCUACCCUGCUCCGUACAGAUUUGACAUAGAAGAUAUCUACUACGAUCUGAGUCCUGUGCGGAAUGUACGCCUUGUUGGAGCACUGCCCUGCAAAGUUACUGGAGCCUUUGCUCUGACUACAGCUCUGGAGAUUGCAAACAACAUAAUGUCCGGACUUUCGACGGAGUUCUCAGUGCAAGAGAUAGUCGACUGUCACUUUGGAGGGUGCCAAGAGAGGAGGUUUAGCGAGUACGCUGAGUGGUUGGCAGUGAACGACAGACUGGCGCCAGCUCAGAAGUACACAAAUUACCGGUCAAUGCCCUACACGUGUAGAGCUGCCACCUCUCCUGACGCUAUGCUCUACAUCAGGGUCCUGGGAUACAGGAAAAUAGAUCCAGCUGAAUUUGAGGCGGAAUUUAUGUCGCACGGCAGCGUGUUAUCAUGUAUUGACACAAGGCAGAACACGUGUUACUCCUACCGAGAGUACAGGGACGGUAUUAUUGACGGCCACCGAUCCAAGAUGUGUAGUGUUAAAGUUCUGAUUGUCGGCUACACCGAGAGCUACUACAGGGUGAGGACCAGUAAUGGAGAUUUGUGGGGCGAAAACGGAUACUUCCGCAUCCUGAGAGGACUCAACAGAUGUGGGAUAGAACAUAAUAUGGGAGUGCUAGAUACGGCACCUAGGUAUUACAAGCCAGGCAUCAACCGAUAUACUGGGUGUCCAUCAACCUACCCUAGAUAUUGUCGCAAAACCAAGACGUGUAGAACAGCAACACAAAAGUGUUUACCGGAAAUAGAGUCCGAACUCACAAAACUAAGACAGAAGGAAGACGAGGAGAGAGGACGACCUAACGCCUACAACUUCCCCAGCAGGAAAAAGAGACGCUCUGGAGAAGCUACCAUGUGUGAAGAUAUGCUGGACUACCCUUGCAACAACGUGGUUCACCUUUGUGGUUAUAAAUCUGUGAGAGAUCGCUGUGGGUACACGUGCGGGGUGUGCUAUCCUGACGGAGCACCUAAAUGUGCUGAUAUUGAGGAUUACCCCGGUGAAUGUGCUGUUUUCCGAAAGUACUGUUCAAAAGUGCCUGCUGUAAGACUUAAGUGUCAAGUAACCUGCGAGGUAGACCCGAGAGACUGCGCUGAGGUAAAGGGAAACCCCAUUGGGACAGUUGUGAGGUACAAUCCCCCACCUACGGGCAACUGUUACCCUCCAGUUAUUGCUAAUGGACAGAUUAUGAACACACGGAACUUUCUAGAGCCUAAAGAGAAAGUCGUGGUGCAAUGUGACAGUGGGUACACAUUAGUGGGGGAGGAAAGUUACUGCGAUAUACAGAAUGUUUUCAAGCCCGACACCAGGAGAUUACCAUCCUGUAUUAUGCUGGGAGGGGACGAUUUUUCAGGGAACGGAGCGGACUACGCGGGCAACAGGUCCCUCACCACUUCAGGGCAAACUUGUGAGAACUGGCUAGCAUCUGCUCACAAAGGCAUGUUCAUGACUGUGGAGCGAGGACUAAGUCUCUUAGAAGGAGGAAACCACAACUUCUGUCGGAACACUGUCGUGGAUUCAGUUCCGUACUGCUACACAACUAAUGGCCAGCUCAAGGAAUACUGCUUUUCACUCCCUAAAUGCGGGGGCAGGGAAACUGACCAGUGUGGUGUUCAGAGGGUGGAUCUGUUAGACUGUCCGGAGCUAUACUCGCCCCCUGACUGUGUCUUUUCAGAUGCUCUCUCUAGGGGACAGACGGAGUGGAUAUGGGAAUACUGCGGGGCUAUGUGUUGCUCCUACGCUGGGUGCCAGUAGUGGGCUAUGUGUUGCUCCUACGCUGGGUUCCAAUAGUCUGUUUUUAUAGAUAUCAAAGAACUAAUUUAUCAAUGUGGAGGCAGUCGCUCUGUAAUCUGUAUUUUAGACGAUGACGAAAUGUUUUGGUUUUAUUUGGCGGGUUACACGUCCUAAUUUUAUUAACAAAUUCAACUUA